AUGAAACCCUUUCGAAGAAGACAAUACCUGCAUGUGGCGUUAUCAGCGAUACUAGUGACGCAAAGUGCCCUCGCGAUAGAGCUUGACAUCACCAGUACCGACUCAGUCAAAGCCGCCGCGAAAAUUGUUGCGAAUGAAAUGGUGUCGUAUUACACUGGAUACCGACCUGGAGAUGUCCCUGGAAAUCUUCCUGCUCCAUACUACUGGUGGGAAGCUGGUGCAAUGUUUGGAGCACUCAUAGACUACUGGUACUUCACCGGUGACGACUCAUUCAAUGAGAUCACCACCCAAGCCAUGCUCCAUCAAGUUGGCCCUGACCAAGAUUUCAUGCCACCCAACCAGACCAAGACUGAAGGGAACGACGACCAAGCCUUCUGGGGAAUGGCCGCUCUCUCUGCGGCAGAGAACGUCUUUCCCAAUCCUCCAGAAGACCAGCCACAAUGGCUGGCUCUUGCUCAGGCCGUUUUUAACACGCAGGCAGCGCGAUGGGACACGAGCUCGUGUGGAGGUGGACUGAAGUGGCAGAUUUUUUCGUUCAAUGGCGGGUACAAUUAUAAGAACACCAUUUCCAACGGAUGCUUUUUCAACAUGGGUGCUCGCCUCGCGGUCUACACCGGAAACCAGACGUAUGCCGAUUGGGCAGAUCGCAUGUGGGACUGGGUUUCAGCAGUUGGGUUGCGAGACGGGGAGUACAACUUUUUCGAUGGGAGUGAUGACACUCUCAACUGCACCCAACUUGAUCAUAUCCAAUGGACAUACAACGCCGGCACGUUUCUGGUUGGGGCAGCCAACAUGUACAACUUCACAGGAGGCAGUCCGGUUUGGGAGGAAAGGAUAAAUGGGAUCAUCGGAAGGCUAAACGUCUUCCUGCACGACAAUAUUCUGAAGGAAGUUGCAUGUGAAGGCGUCAAUCCCGACGGGUCCGAUACCUGUAAUAUCGAUCAGCGCUCGUUCAAGGCUUACCUGGCUCGAUGGAUGGCAGCAACCAUGGUCAGAGCGCCCUUCACGUAUCCUCUCUUGAAACCGAUCUUGGAAACAACGGCUGCAGCUGCGGCUUCAACCUGCACAGGAGGCAUCAAUGGCACUUCAUGUGGAAUGAAAUGGUGGGUCGGCCAAUUCGAUGGCAGUACUGGGGUUGGUGAACAAAUGUCAGCCCUGGAAGUCAUUCAAUCCAAUCUGGUCACCCAGGUUGCUGGUCCCGUCACUCAAGACUCCGGUGGAACCAGUAAGGGAGAUCCCAAUGCUGGCACAACAAGCCCCAUUGGUCCAGAGGAUCUGAACCAAGAGAAGGUUACCACGGCGGAUAAGGCUGGCGCCGCGAUCUUGACUAUUAUGUUGAUUUUCUUCAUUGUGGGAGGCGCCUGGUGGAUUGUUCUUUAG